AUAAAGACUAUUUAGAACGUAAGAGCUUAUUCAUAGGGGAAUAAAAGUUAACUUGUACAGAUCACAACGAACAAUGAUAUCGCAAACAGCUACUUUCAACAUAUAUCGAUAGCGUACGCGGCACAUUUGGUCGUGUUCGUAGAGAACCUUUACCCAAACUGAACGGAUACACAUCGUAUAAAGGUUAAGUAAACGUUCAGAAACGCUGUUUAUGCCGAGGUGUGUGACCCAUGCUCUUACGGGACCGCGUGGCGGCGCCCUGUUUGAACGUGGAGAACAUCACAUGAACUACUUUCAUUUGUUACAGUGGAAAGUGGCCUCUGCAAUGAAGUGUUUUAGUGCCAUGUAGUCCAAGUAAGAAUGGUCAAACGGAGUAGGGAAGAUGCGUGCCGUACAAAGGGGCAGGACUUCUUACUGCAAACAUCGCGCCGUAACGACAAUGGCGCGAGACAGUCCAUGCACCCAAGGUCACGCCAUAACAUAAAAGAUGAUUAUAUUGCACUGUCAAGGGCAUUCCCCGUGCUUAAGAGACAUAUGAAACCCAACCCAAAGUGGAAGGUUACAAUGCCUAAGCAUCAAAUGUAUCACUAUGAUUUCAAUCACCCGGAUGCUGUCUACCAUCUUUCCCGGGCUAUUUUGAACCAUGUGUACGGAAUCAAGUUCUACCUACCGUGCGGAUGCCCUCAUGGAUCAUGUGAUCCAUACCUAAGAACAGAACGUAGUGAUACAGAUUGCCCUGCAUUUGUGGAUGAUGAAAUCCCAGUGCAACGAUAUUUGGCACCCUGCGUCCCAGGUCGUGCAAACUAUAUUCACUAUCUAGCCGACCUAUUAAACCUUAGUAACAACUCUCCAGAUACUUCGGCAGAUUCGUCGGAAUUGAAGGAUGAUGCGUCAAAUAUGAAACUCCAAAAUAUUUUAAAGGGGGAGCGUGUCAAGGUAUUGGACAUUGGCACUGGUGCCAACUGUAUAUACCCACUCAUUGGCUCCGCAGAGUAUGGGUGGAGCUUCAUAGCUACUGAUAUAGACAUCAAUGCACUUAUGCUUGCAAAGCAAAACAUACAACUAAACAACAUGGCUAAAACAGUAGAACUAAGGUUACAAAAGGAUACUUUGAGGAUGUUUACAGGGGUACUCAUGCCUCACGAAUUCGUACAUCUUACUAUGUGCAACCCACCCUUCCAUUCGAGCCUUGAUCAGGCUAACCUGAAUCCAAGGGUUUCAACCUGCGCUACAAUCAAUGAACUUGUGUUCAACCCAGGAAUGGUUGCCACUUUUUCUAUAGAUGGAUUUGAUUUACAAAAAGUAAACAAGAACAAGUUCUUUGUUGAUGGACAAGUCAACUACACGUUUUCCAGUGAUGCGUCUGAGCAUGGAGAAGUUGCUUUUGUAGAAAUAAUGUUGGUGGAGAGUCGAUUCCACGCACAUAAUGCAUUAUGGUUCACAUCGCUAGUCGCUAGACUAUCGACACUGAAGCGAAUCAAGAGCCAUAUACAAGCAGAUAUGAAGUUUUACCAUAACUCUAAAGCAAAACAAGUGGCUUUUCUAAACGCCAGGAUUGAGGAUUUAAACCAAGUAUGUGAAUCUGAUCAGAGGAAUGACGAUAUAUUCCGAAUCAAUGUAUCCGAUCUACAUGCUUGUGAGUUCAGGGCCUUUACACUCAGCCAGGGGAAACAGACUCGCUGGGUUAUUGCCUGGACGUAUUUCAAUGCAGCCCAGCGUUAUAAGAUACUUAAACCACUAUAUUAAUGUAAUAUGUAAAUGUG